CCCUUCCCCCCCUCGACACAAUGAGCCGCGCAUUGAUUGACUUUGCGAUUUUCAUCGCCGAGCUGAUUCUUCGCAUUGUCUUUGACAUUCUGGCUGCGAUUGUCGGUCCUGUCAUCUACAUUCUCGAACGCAUCCGCGCGGGUCCUCGCAAGGACUUUAAGCACAUUCUCAUCACUGGCGGAAACUCUGGCCUCGGUGAAGCGUUGGCGCUCGCAUUCGCCAAGCCGGGCGUCCGCAUUGUGCUGACUGCCCGCGACGCCGCUCGUCUCAAGUCCGUCAGCGAAGCCGUCAGCGCCAAGGGUGCAGAGGUCGUCACUCAUAGCGUCGACGUCACCAAUGCCGAAAAGAUGGCCGAAAUCAUCCAGAAGGAGGACGCUCAGGUCCCUCUUGACUUGGUGAUUGCCAACGCAGGCGUGAGCUCUGGCACGAUCAACACUCCCGGCAUUGCUGAAGCAACCAAGCCUCUGAUGGACAUUAACGUUCAGGGUGUUUUCAACACUGUCUUCCCGAUCAUGGACUCCAUGGUCAAGCGCCGUCGUGGACAAAUCGCCAUCAUGUCGUCCCUUGCUUCGUUUUUCACUCAGCCCGAGCUUGGCGAUUACCACACAUCGAAGUACGCCGUCCGUGCUUUCAGCGAGUCCAUGCGUGGCAUGCUUGGCCGCUACAACGUCGGCAUGUCUGUGAUCUGCCCUGGCUUUGUUGAAUCGCGCAUGACCGCCCAGGCCAAGCGCAACAUUCCCCUGCCCUUCCUCAUGGAGGCCGAGCCCGCUGCGGCCAUCAUGAAGGACGGUCUUGAGCGCAACGUGAGCGUCAUUGCCUUCCCCUUCCCCUUCUCGCUGCUGACCCAGCUCUUUGGUGCCGCGCCCGCUCCCAUCCGCUCCUUCAUUGCGCUUUCCUUUACCAACGCCAAGUUUGUUGCGCGCCGCCUGAAGGUCAACUAAACAGCGUGUUUCUGUUGGUCUGGAUGGGGUUUUAGUUUGGAGUUCAGUUUUUGUUUGUCAGAAUGGUGUUUCUGCUCUUCCCAAUCACACACACACUGCUCAAUGCUUCUUGUGUGAAGUGCGCACGUGUUUCAGCUCUAGUAUACACUUGUUGUCGCUUCAA